GGAGGUAACUCUAAGUAUUUGUUUUUAAUUACUAUUUCUUGACGGAAAAUGCAAUAAAACAAUUAUUUUACCAUAUCAUGGGAAAUUCCCCGAUCAAGCAGCACAUUCAGACAGCAGAAAAAACUGGUGUCUGCCAGUUAUGUAAGCUUGGAAUUAAAGAGUUUCCAGAAGAACUACAAUGCCUCCAUAAAAAUCUACGAACCCUUGAUUUAUCGGACAACAAAUUCCAACAUUUACCAUCAUUUAUUGGCAAAUUUGACAACCUUAAAAAUUUGAGUUUAAGUAAUAAUAAAUUAGAAAACCUGCCAAAUGAAAUUGGUAAUUUGAAGAAACUGGAAGUUUUGUCAUUGGAUAUAAAUCAUUUAACUGCACUACCAAGCACAUUCACAAAUUUAAAACACCUACGUACAUUAAAUCUAUCAGGAAACCAUAUUAAAUAUUUCCCAAUGGAGGUUUGUGGUUUAAACCAACUGGAUGUAGUGGAUCUGUCUAGAAAUAAAAUAACAACUUUACCUGAUGAUGUUAGUAACUUUCAGGCUAUGGAGCUCAAUCUUAAUCAAAAUCAGGUGUCUACCUUACCUGAAAGUAUAGCCAGUUGUCCAAGGCUUAAAGUUAUUAGACUGGAAGAAAAUUGUCUGGAAUUAAAAGCAUUUACGCCAAAAAUUCUCAAAGAGUCAAAUAUUGCCCUGUUUGCUAUAGAAGGCAAUGUUUUUGAUAUGAAAGCAUUCCAUAACAUUGAAGGUUACGAUGAGUAUAUGGAAAGAUUCACAGCAACAAAGAAGAAAUUCAACUGAAAACAUCAGAAUAAAUUCUGGAUUAAAUGGGAUUAAUUUGAAUGUUUUAAACAUCUUUUCAUCUACCUAAAUCUAUAUCAACAAACCAAGGAGUGAACGGACUGUGUAUUGUUUAUUGAUAAUCAUUAAUUUACUUUACAAUCAUCAUGAUAACACAAUCAAUCCUUUGACUGCUGUAAAACUAGAAGAUCAACAUUAAACAAACCAAAAUCUAUUUGGACAAACCAAGGAAUGAACUGAUUGUGUAUUAUUGACUAAUUUACUUUCUAAUAUUCAUGAUAAGACUAUCAGUCCUGUAAAAUAUAUCGAACUAGAAGAUCAAAAUUAAACAAAACUAAAUCUAUUUGGACAAACCAAGGAAUGAACUGAUAGUACAUUAAUGACUAAUUUACUUUGUAAUCUUCGUGAUAAUAAGACAAUCAAUUCUUGUUGUAUUCUUGAAGAUCAAAACAAAAAUGGACAAUAAAAUAGAUGAUUGAAAAAUCAAACUUGAAUGAAUUGAAUUUUAAGCUUGAAUAAAUAUUCUCAAAUAUCCAUCAACUUCCUCACCAAGUCUUUGUCUCAGAUUGUCUAGUAGUCAAAAUACUGAUAGACCCACCACUAAUUCCUUAAGAAGUUUUUAUAUUGCCAAGUUGUAACUCCAAAAUCCCUAAGUGGAUUUCAAUGGAUUUUACAAGUUGGUACCAAAAAAACUUCUAAAGGAAUUAUAGUGGUGGGUUGACCCCUAUAUUGGUGUAUUUUGACAAGACUAUGAUGGCUAAAACGAUUGUGUGCAUUAGUAUUUAGGCAUUCUCCAAUGCAUAUCCCGCUAUUUUGUAAGGAAGGACAACUCUGCUUGGGAGAAUGGUAGUUAGAAAUAAAAUGUAUUCUAAGACUAUAUACUUAAUCAGUAGAUAAAGGACAAUUUUAUUGUCAUUUAGAUAUUGAGCAGGUCUCUGAUAAUAGAUAGGUCUGUACCUGUACUACCAACUGUUCUCCCACUAUGCAUUAGAGAGCUAGGGUGAAAAUCAGAAUUUAGAAUCAUGUAGAUUGAUAUUUGUAUAAUCUUAUUUAUAUUAAUUUCUUGCCAACAAUAUCAAUCAAUCUAUGCUGCUCUGAAGGGCAUGAUUGAUAAAUAGCAAAUGAAAAAUAAAUCGGAUUUAAUUGUUUUUCCAUAAGUAUGUGUUUUUGUGUAUUGCUCUAUCCAGUUACUAAAUGCCUCUAAAAGAUAAUUAUUACUGUAAUUCAUAGUUGUAGACUUUAGACAUGCUUCUGCUGACAAAUGUAUGUGCACUGGAACUGUUACGGUACAUAAUUACUUUAGAAAUUGUCAGCUGAGAUUAUUAAACAUUCACAAGAGUAUGGUUAACUGAUAUUAGAGUCCAUAUCUUUUUGUGUGGGGCCAGCUACACAAGAUAACAAUCUUUUUUCUAUGUACCAAGAAGUAGUUAUUUAUUUUAAUUAAUGUUAAUUCAUGUAUUAUGUAAUAAUUAUAUAUAUAUGCCUACACUAGUAUAACUAGUUGAUUAAAUUUAAUUAAAUAAUAUAAUUAUUUAAUUUAAAGGUACAGGUUAACAUCUAAUUAAAUCAACUGGUAAUUAUUUUGAAUAUAUAGGGAGAGGGGGGAGGGGACCGAUAGAACUGAACAUAAAAUUGAUCUCGUAAAUUAUUCCUCCCGUAUAACCCAACCUUUAACGGCUGUGACUAAAUAGUGUGCAGUAAUUUUAAUAACAGAACCUAAAACAAGCUCUGUCUUUAUUCUAAUCCCUCCUUCAACAUGUAUAUACUCCAUUUUGGGUGGGGAUAACGACUUUUGUAUUUCAUCCGCAACAUAGAAAACAGAAUAAUUUCAAAUAAUUAUUACUAUUCAAGUGCAUUUCUGAUGGAUUAGAUCAGUGGUUUUUAUACACUGCACAUUUCUGAUGGAUUAGAUCAGUGGUUUUUAUACACUGCACAUUUCUGAUGGAUUAGAGGUUUCCAACACUUGAUGAAAGUAUAUUUGUUCUGCAAUUUGAACUGGGCCUUUAAUGUCAACAAGAUUAUUGUUAUAAUGUAUUAGGAGCACAAUCCAGUUUCAAAAACAAAAUAUUUUUUAAUUCAUUAUCAGAAAUUUUUGAGUUUAUAUAUAUAUAUAUAUAUAUAUAUAAUGUCAACUUUAAUCAACUUUUGAAAUGAUCAAACCAGAAUCUUAUUAUUAUUAUUAUAUUUAUGUUUUAUUGUCUUACAAAAACCUUGUAAUACAUGUAUAUAUUAUUGUGUUAAUUAUGUUAUAUCUUAAUUAUAUUUGACUACCGGUAUUUAAUAUAAGUAUAGUACUGUAUAUUAAUUGUCAGUUAUUGGGAUACUACUGCUAAUUUUGACUAUAUAAUAGUAUUUAGUAAAGAUAUUGGUAAUUGGCAUUAUAUUAUCUGCUGUGGGGAAUUGACAUAAAUCAUGUUUCAUCACCAGGAUCUUUCAGUUGGUAUGGAGGGUGCAAACUCCCUCCAAAAAGAUACAUAAAUUCAUGGCAAUUACUUAAUUAAUUAAAAAACGUACGAUUUGGGGUCGCAAACCUGUCAAUUAUUCAAUAUGGCUUUGAAUUUUUUUUCUAAGGCCCUUACCUUGGCCCCACCUCUGUAAAAAAAAUCCUGCAAUAAAACAUCUACAUAAAGUAGGUAUACAGAAACACACGUUAACCAGCUUUGCCUCAACACAACUAGGCACUAACAUGUUAUUUGUUUUUAUUAGUUCUCACAUCGUGAAAACAUCCAUCUCGCUUGUUGUCAUCAUCAUCUGAUUAAAACACAGAUCCUUUUUUGUUUAAUUUUUAUAGUUCAAAAUUUGGUUUUACUUGUCUUUACUACACUAGGAGUUGGAAGAGUUGUUAUCAUUGACGUGUUCUGGAUGAUGUGAGGGAUUAGCUAAAGAAACGGUCUGUUAUGAAGAGCUUUUGGUGUGAGGUGCACAGAACAGUGGGUAAUCCACUAGAAACAUCAAUGCUGAUUGGUUAAUCAAAUGUCUGACAUCAUAGGGUCAAAAGUCACUCAAAUGACCUGACGCGACCUCCCAAAACAACUGGUCAGAUCUUCAUGAAGUGUAGAUCAUCGAAAGUAUAAAAAAAAACGAAACGAAAUAUAGAUCUGUAUUUUAAUCAGAUUGUCUGAUAUUAUAUUCAAAAUUUCAAGAUUAAAGCAUCUCUCUCAAACAAGACUGAAAAUCAUCUAUUUAUAAAAGUGGUCACUUUAUCAAAUAACUUUCAACUUUUUUUGUCAAAUGUAUGUUUAAACUUUAGCUUCUCUGUUGAUAAAAAAGAAUAUAAUAGCUAAAUGUAAUGGAAAUUUGAAUUUUAUAGGGAUUUAAAACUUUAUUAAAUUUAGUUAUUUCUUUACAACAUUUUAAUAAUAGAUAACUAUAACUAUAAUCUGUUCUAGUCUAUUAUUGUUAUUAAGCAAUUGUGCUCCAGUCAUGUCCUUGAAUUUGUUUUAAAAUAUUUUUAUUAAGGCUAAAUUGUUACAUAUUUAUGUUAGUAUUUAAUUAUAUCAGUGGAAAUGUAAGGCUUGAGGGAUGUGUUCAAUAAUUUGAGCAGAAGGCAGUGUGUAGAAAACGUUAAGUUUGGCACGAGCUCUGCAUGAAUACCAGGGAAUUGUAUAAAAUCAUAAGUCUGAUACAAUUUUUCUGCUCAUUUAGCUACAUACAUGUAUAGGAUUAGAGUGAAGUGAGCCCAAAACUGAGACAAUGCUUUGCACGUUUGUUUAUUUGACGGUAAUUCAAUGAAUUUAUGAGAAAAAAAAUAGACUCUGGACAUGCCCAUGGCUGGGUCAUUAUUAUUGUUGAAGUUGAUUUAUUUGAGACAACCUUUUAUUUAAAGAUCGGUUGCCGCAUACAAACUGGGUGAUCUAAUGGUAUAUAUGGGCCAAAAACAUAUUCAAACUAAUUAAUUUGUCAUAAUUAUGCUUCAAAUCCUUCUCAAACAUUGUAAUUGCGAAGGAAUGCCCUGCUAUUAAAAAUCGAUCAAACCAGGUCAUGUUUUCGUCACGUCUUGGGAGUCAGAGGAGAAUUCAUUGCAUACAUAAGACGAUGUUGUCUUUAAUCGCUUACUAUUUAUUACAAAUAUCGAAUCCUAAUUAAAUUCUCCGAUUAUCCACUACCCGCGUCUUUUUCCGUCAUUUUUAUCUCAGAAAGUAUUGUACGUCUAACUCUUCAUAAAGUUUAUCAACUUGUACAUCAAGCGCUCAAUGUUCGCUUGUGACCUUUGACAUCACGCGUGCAGAAGUUCCUAAUCGUCGGGCUGUUGAUUAGGGGAACCCUUACAUUUUUGUCCUGUAUACGCUCCAUGAGUGUUUUUCGGGGAAUCCAGUAUUUUUCUAGUAAGAUUGGAUAUCUCUACUUUCCAUAUAUACCAAAAUUGCCAUACUUUUAUUAGAAAUAACCACCAGAUAAAUACUUUUCUGGGAACCCAUCUUUAAAAUGACCAAAUUUGAUUUUUAAACAAAUGAAAUUGCUGAUAUAAUAAACUCUGAUGUCUUGAUUGGUUUUGUAAAGAAAGUAUCUGUUUAUGUUUAAAAUGUUCACAGAUAGAGCCAAUGUUGAGAUAUAAUUGGCACAGUAAACCAACUAUGAAACUAAAAUAAGUAAACAAACUAAUUUUGUUUCAAUAUUUCUAACUGAAAAUUUAAAUGUAUCAACGUUGUUCCAUCCCUAAUCUAUAUAAUAUGUCAGAUCAACCGAAUUCAACAGUUUACUUUGACCUAAAUAACAGUUCAGUAUAGCUCCUUUGAGUUUCUGCCUAUUCAAAUAAAGAUACAAAUAGUUUUUGAUCUUUUUCAGACAUUCUCUUAUUCAAGCAGGGAGAUAGAAUUAUAAUAACCCCAACUUUUAUCCUUUGUAUUAUUAUUACAUGUACUAUCUGUUAUGUUAUAUAAGACUGUAAAUAAAUAGAUCUUGAAAAUCA